CAACGAGGUGCCUGAUAGCAAUAGAUAGAGUAGUAGAAACCUCUAUCAGCUGUGGCAGAGGCGGGUUCUCUUUAGGCGCUUCAUGAGGCAGGAUUGACAACCAACCCCGCAGCUGAGAGGCGCUGCGCCACGCAAUCACGGCACAUAUCUAAGAUAUCCACUUCCCAGAUUAUAUCUUGCACUGACUCACUUCUCGACAAGUCGAUGACUCCAUAGACUGUUGACCUUGACCAUCCAUUACAUUACGCCCUUACCUGGAACGACCUUAGCUAUGGAAGCCGGUGGUCUCGCCGUUGGCGUUAUCGCGCUCGCGGGACUCUUCAACAACGCCGUGGACUGCUUCGAGUACGUCCAGCUUGGCUACAGCUUCGGUACCAAUUUUCAAACUAGCCUGCUCAAGCUGGAUCAUGCAAGGCUUCGACUUUCACGCUGGGGCCAAGCCGUGGGCCUAAGCGGAGACCUUGCAGAUGCUGAAUCACUGCAAGAAGCAACAGUGCAGAAAGAAGAUAUAGGCAAUGCAGAAAAAGUACUGGGUCAGAUACUAGAUCUGUUCAUGGAAGCCGAGAGGAUCUCUGCAAAAUAUAAGGCCUCCGUCAAAUCGGACGACUCUGCCCUCACUAUCCUCGAUGUACAGGCAGACAUGAACGAAUUAGGUCGCUCCUUACACGAGAAGAUGCGCAACCUUAGUAUCAAGCGACAGAACAAAACGUUGCUGCGUCAGAAAGUGAAGUGGGCGUUAUAUGAGGAAAAGCACUUUAAGAGGCUCAUUGAGGACAUCGUCGACCUAGUCGCCGCGCUCCCAGAAAUAUUUCCAGCUGUCAAGCAGGAGCAGCAAAAGCUAUGCGAAACCGAAG